UUGGUAUGGCUUUGUAUCCCUUUUUCUUUCAUUAUUGCAAUAUAUUUGACUUCCAUAAAAUUGUAUAUAUAUAUAUAUAUGAAAGCACUUUUGAAGAGUCUUAAGACAUAGAAGAAACAAAGAAAUCAACAAGAGAAACGAUGGUGAAAACCUAUACUCACGAGUCUCUAAAAAUCAUUUAUUUGUUCGUGUUUGCAUUACUGAUUGUGAGAUUAAUUCCAUCAAAAGCUCAACCUCCAUAUUGUACUAUGGAAAGACGUGAUACUGAGUACUUUAAUUGCGUUGAUUCUCUCAAGUUGGGUACACCAUGGGUUCCUCCUUCCAAAGACUGCUGCGAAUAUAUACAAAUCGAUAAUAUGGCUUGCUUCUGCAAAGGCGCCAAUAGAUUAUUUUCAGCAGUUUUUGACCAAAAUAAGCUUUUCAAAAUCUCUCAUGCAUGCGGAGAUCUCUUAGUUCCGGGAUCAUAUUGCGGAAGUAAGUAUCACUAAAACUACACUUUCAAAUCUAAUCAUCUUCGUACUUAAUGAUUUUUUUUUGGUAUAUCAGUUUUCAAGGUUCCAGGUGGUGUGUGAGAAAAGAUGGAUGUGCAUGUCAUAUUUUGUUUCUUUUCUUUGUAUA